AUGCAGAUCUUCGUCAAAACCCUCACCGGAAAAACUAUAACCCUAGAGGUUGAGAGCAGCGACACCAUCGACAAUGUCAAAGCCAAAAUCCAGGACAAAGAAGGUAUACCACCAGAUCAGCAAAGGCUGAUAUUUGCCGGGAAGCAACUGGAGGAUGGACGAACACUGGCGGAUUACAACAUCCAGAAAGAGUCUACUCUUCAUCUGGUCUUGAGGCUCAGAGGUGGAACCAUGAUAAAGGUGAAGACACUCACUGGAAAAGAAAUCGAGAUUGAUAUCGAACCCACCGACACUAUUGAUCGGAUCAAGGAACGUGUCGAAGAGAAAGAAGGCAUCCCUCCUGUACAACAAAGGCUCAUCUAUGCCGGAAAACAGCUUGCCGAUGACAAAACGGCGAAAGAUUACAACAUAGAGGGUGGCUCUGUUCUUCAUUUGGUCCUUGCUCUUAGGGGUGGAUCUGAAUAA